AUGGUAGAAGCUUCAUUCGCAAAUCAGGCAUCCAAUUUGAGCGCCCUCGGCGCAGCCAUGGGGUCAUUUCAUCGAGCUUUGGAGGUUAAACAACCAUGUACUUCGUUUGAGGGGAGCCACGAAGAAGAGAGCUCAAAUUUUCUGAACGCUCAACUUAACAGACUGGCCAGUAUCGAAGAUGAUCUCAUGAUAGCAACAGGAUGCAUACUGCCCAAAUCCACAUCUUCAUCUACAAUUAUAGAGCUGGCUGAGAUGUGCCGAAUGGUACAGGAAGAAAAUCGGAAGAAAAUAGGAUUCCUGCACCAACGCCUCAUUUCCAUGGGGGCGACUUCAUUAAAAUCAAACGAAGUGUUCUCGCCGGUCAUGUCGCCUCCUACGACAAAUGUCUUCUGUUUCCUCGGUGGGCCAUUACAAAUGGUCGAGGAAGGAGACGUGGAAACGGAAGGAGCAACAACUCCAGGCUCCAUGAUAAACCCAUCUCCAUUUGCUUCAAACAGCAAGCCGUCGAUCAGUCCUGCAGCCCGAACGAUAGAUCAAAUGCCCCUCAGCAGUGCUGACUCCGAUCGGUCAACAUCCCCGACGCCACGUAGAUCGUCCCGAUCUUCCGGCAGCUUUCGUCGCAUGAAUUUCGAAGGUUUUCAAGAUGAGGAUGACAUGAUUACUCUGGAUACGCACCGUUCGGGGAAAUCUCCAACGGCAAAUCGGAGCAAAAGUUAUGGCAGCAGUUUUGCGCGAGACUCGAAAGGGCAUCAUCAGUUCAUCAACGAAAUGGAAUCCAUGCUUGAUAAGGUUGAGGAAUCUAUUUUAGAAGGGCGUCCUUCAGAUGAGGUUACACUCCAGGUGAAUAGGAGAGCAACAAAUGAGUUGCAAGAUUCCAGCUCAAGCGAAGGCGACGUUUCUGCAAGUGACGACUCCACAGAUGUGAUCGCAACUCAAGUGGCUUCCACAACCAGGCGAAGGCAAGCUGACGCGCAUCAACUUAACGGUGCGCCAAAGGUAGCCCCACAAAGACCAACUCAAAUUCUUUUCGACAACGACGCGCCAUCCCCAGCACAUACAAACCUCACACUUGAUGCAACAAUGAUGAACGAUACCAUGGUGUCAACCGUCCUGUUUCAAGAUGACGAUAACACCUCAGUGAUGACGCCCAUCCUCGAUAGGUAUAGAUUAGAUGCAGAUGACAACUCUGUAGGAGUUAAGGUUGUCCCGAACAAACGUGGAACUUCGAGUCGUCUGAGAAAACCGCUUGAGGAUGUCGCAGAAGAGCAAACUCCAAUGGCUUCCAAUCACACAAAUACUUUCAUAAAAGAAGGCGACUUCAUGUCGCCAAAAGGUCUACCUGGAACAAUCAGUGCGAGAAAGAAAAAACAAUAUCGAAAAACUCCACUUCCGAAGAGGACUCUUCAUAAUGAUGACACAAUGGACACCACAAUGGACGAAAAUGACGAUCCAAACCUUCCAAUAAUCCAUUCAUCUCCAAGUGUGGUCAAUGCUUCGCCUCGAGCUAGUUCGUCAACGCUAGGCUCAUUUACAUUGCCCCCUUUGCGCCAGUCUUCUCUCGACAUGCGAAGAAAUGAAAUUCUACCUUCGUCUUCCUCUUCAAGUACAGUAUUGAAGGUUUUCAAUGAGAUCAAGGGCAACCCCAAGUCAACAUAUUCAGGACGUUCUCGUGCAGACACAUCAGUUUCGAGAGACAUUGUCGAUAAUCACCAAGUCAGUAGCACGUCAGAAUCAAGACCAAGACAAAGCGAAAGAUUUGAACACGAGUCUGUUCAAAUGACGAAAUGGAUGGAGCACAUCACAAUGGCAGAGUAUGACGUUGCACCGCGAAUCGUUCAAGUACAAGUUCGCCGAGAUGAGGCAAAUAAGGCAAUCGAUCUUUUAGAGGAUUUCUUUACGACUCAUUUACAGGGUAAUCCUACAUCAGCACUUGAGUUUGGAGAACAGCAAGGGUAUGGUAUACUCGGCAACUCGUUCAAUACAGCACACAAGUGCAAGAGUAUUUUGAUGAGCCUCUGUCACUUCCGUCGGCUCUUGAUGCAUCGUGAUGAGGAAAUGCAUUUUACUAUAAACCAGUUUUCGGCAUGA